AAGGCCCUGAAAGAAUUGGGCCACUGGCAGUAACACAUUAUAACCUGGGUCACUAGUGUCUUUCACCUCCUCCCUCCUAGUUAUACACACCUUCCUGCUUUUAUUUAUUUUUUUUCCUGUUCACACUGCAAGGGGUUGAAGUGCCAGACCCUACAAACUGAUAAGAUAAGAACCACAUGGUCUAUUGCCAUAAGCUAGGGGUCCCUACUGGGCCUACUGACGCACACAGUUCUCCCCUGAUGUCAAACAGCUGAUAAGUAAGCACUUUGGCUCUGUUCCCAAACUUCUGUGCCAGAGGGGGGAAAAAGGCUCUUUGUCUGAAAAAGGCAGCUCUGUUGAGGUUUGACAGAUGAAAAAGUGAAGGCCUAUCUUUCUCUUCACCCCCAGGUACUGGAUGAAUUUGUGUCCGAAAGUGUAAGUGCUGAGACAGUGGAAAAAUGGCUGAAGAGAAAAAACAACAGACAGGAAGAUGAGUCGACUCCUAAGGAAGUCAGCAGGUACCAGGAUACGAAUAUGCAAGGGGUGGUAUAUGAACUGAACAGCUAUAUAGAACAACGGUUGGAUACAGGUGGAGACAACCAACUACUUUUAUAUGAACUGAGCAGCAUUAUUAAAAUAGCUACAAAAGCUGAUGGAUUUGCACUAUAUUUCCUGGGAGAAUGCAAUAAUAGCCUCUGUGUGUUCACACCUCCGGGAGCUAAGGAAGGACAACCACGACUCAUUCCUGCAGGACCCAUUGCACUUGGCACCACAAUAUCUGCAUAUGUAGCCAAAUACAGAAAAACGUUGUUAGUAGAGGAUAUUCUAGGGGAUGAACGAUUUCCUAAAGGUACUGGACUGGAGUCAGGGACUCGGAUCCAAUCUGUUCUUUGUUUACCAAUUGUCACUGCAAUUGGUGAUUUGAUUGGUAUCCUGGAGCUGUAUCGGCAUUGGGGCAAAGAAGCCUUCCAUCUCAGUCACCAGGAGGUUGCAACAGCGAAUCUUGCAUGGGCCUCGGUAGCAAUACAUCAAGUACAGGUGUGCAGGGGUCUUGCCAAACAGACUGAACUGAAUGAUUUUCUGCUUGACGUAUCAAAAACCUAUUUUGAUAAUAUAGUUGCAAUAGAUUCUCUACUUGAACAUAUAAUGAUAUAUGCAAAAAACCUGGUGAAUGCAGACCGCUGUGCACUCUUCCAGGUUGAUCACAAGAACAAAGAGCUGUAUUCAGACCUUUUUGAUAUUGGAGAGGAAAAGGAAGGAAAACCCGUCUUCAAGAAGACCAAAGAAAUAAGAUUUUCUAUUGAGAAAGGAAUAGCGGGUCAGGUAGCAAGAACAGGUGAAGUCCUUAAUAUUCCUGAUGCCUAUGCAGAUCCACGCUUUAACAGAGAAGUUGACCUCUACACAGGCUACACAACCAGGAACAUUCUGUGCAUGCCUAUUGUGAGCCGAGGGAGCGUGAUAGGCGUUGUGCAGAUGGUGAACAAAAUAAGUGGAAGUGCCUUCUCUAAAACCGAUGAGAACAACUUUAAAAUGUUUGCAGUCUUUUGUGCUUUAGCCUUACACUGUGCUAAUAUGUACCACAGAAUUCGCCAUUCAGAGUGUAUUUAUCGUGUAACGAUGGAGAAGCUGUCCUAUCACAGUGUUUGCACAGCAGAAGAAUGGCAAAAUCUCAUGCACUGCACACUCGCUACCCACAUCUGCAAAGAAAUUGAACUAUACCACUUUGAUAUUAGUCCCUACGAGGAUGUCUGGCCAGCCAUUUUUGUCUACAUGGUCCACCAGUCCUGUGGCACAACCUGCUUUGAACUUGAAAAGCUAUGUCGUUUUAUUAUGUCUGUAAAGAAGAACUAUCGCCGUGUGCCCUAUCACAACUGGAAACAUGCGAUUACAGUUGCACAUUGCAUGUAUGCCAUACUUCAGAACAACCAAGGGCUUUUCACAGACCUGGAGCGAAAAGGUCUCCUAAUUGCAUGCUUGUGUCAUGACCUGGAUCACAGGGGUUACAGCAACAGCUACCUUCAGAAAUUUGAUCACCCUCUGGCAGCUCUUUAUUCCACCUCAACUAUGGAACAACACCACUUCUCCCAGACAGUGGCCAUCCUGCAGCUGGAAGGGCACAAUAUCUUCUCCAAACUGAGCUCCAGCGAGUAUGAGCAGGUCCUAGAGAUCAUCCGCAAAGCCAUCAUUGCCACAGACCUUGCCCUGUACUUUGGAAACAGAAAACAGCUGGAAGAACUGCAUCAGACAGGAGCCUUAAACCUUAAAAACCAAGCACAUAGGGAUCGUGUGAUUGGUCUGAUGAUGACAGCUUGUGAUCUUUGUUCUGUAACAAAAUUGUGGUCAGUUACCAGAUUGACAGCUAAUGAUAUAUAUGCAGAGUUCUGGGCUGAGGGUGAUGAAAUGAAGAAGAUAGGUAUUCAGCCUAUACCUAUGAUGGACAGAGACAAGAAGGAUGAGGUCCCACAAGGCCAAAUUGGGUUCUACAAUGCUGUAGCCAUCCCCUGCUACACCACACUCACACAGAUCUUCCCUCCUGCUGGGCCACUACUCCGUGCAUGCAGGGAAAAUCUCAAACAAUGGGAGAAAGUGACACGAGGAGAGGAAACUUCAUUAUGGAUUCCAUCCCAACCACAUGAUCCGCAGACCUCGGAUUCACUUCCUGUGAAGAUUGAUGACUAAACAGCCGUGACAAAUUUUUUUAACCCCAAGGCAUCUCUCCUUUGUUCUUUUUUGGUUUGGUUUCAUGGGGGGGGGGGGGGGGGGGG